AUGGCAACACCUAGACGGUCGAGUCGUCAAACAAAAUUACCCUCCUACCUCAAAGACUAUGUUCUCAAGACGUACCAGAAGUACGCGCCGGAGUCACACUCUAGUGACUCAUCAGUAGUGGACCGCCUUAGAAUCCAAAGGGAUUUCAUCGCUGAGGACGUUGAUAUCUACUGUAAAAAAGUUUAUGAUACCAUAACGGAAAGGGGUAGUAAAUCAACUCUAAAAAGACUAGGAAAAAGGAUGGAUCAAUCCUAUUCGGAACUAAAGGAGGUGACAGAAGAACUCCUGAAAGAAGACCCUGAUGACGUGAAAGAGUCAGUAACCAUCUUGAACAAAGCGAGGAGAAAAAUAGCAGAACAUCAGGAUGAAAUAGCCGAAAAUCUCGAAACCAGGGAGGAUGAGGCCUCCAGUGCGUCGACCAGUAGCCGAUCACGUAGUAACAAACCAAAAUUAGUUCACUCGCCAAUAGAUCCGCGAGAGAUUCUUGAGGACUUAGGGAAUGAGGAUGAAGAUGAGAUAUCCGAUGAAGGUUCCAUAAAAGCAAAAGAGGCGGAGAUAAAAUUCAAGGUGGCCGCACUACGGGUAUGUCAGGAAAAACAGCGACUCGAAGAGGAAAGGCAUCUUCGAGAGGCCGAGAGACAAUUACUUCUGCAAAAACAGCGGGAUGAAGCUGAAAGAGCUGAAGUAGAGAUGGAAUUGUGGCAUCUAACGGAGAUACCUCCAGGAGGAAUCAGGUCGGAACCACUGGAGACACCCCAUCAUGCCCAUACUGAGCCAUUACCACUUAGAACAUCUACAGAGAUAAAGAAGGUCAAAAUAGAGGAGCCGCCGCUAUCUUCUAUCCCGAAACAAACCGUAAAAAAGGAAUCAUCAAUGAACCAGGUACCACCUGACAUGAAAGAUACCAUGUCAAAAUCAGCCCCUUACACUAGUCAUCGAUCAUCGGAGGAAAAAGACUCAGCAGAACUAAGGAGGUUUUUCCAAGGAAUGGCAAAACCAAAACUGCCCCAUUUCGGAGGGGAGAAAGGGCAGUACCAUGAUUGGUGGGAACAAUUUGAUGUCUUUGUUCAUAAAACAGAAGUACCCGUGAGAUUCAAGAUGAUCAUGCUCAAGAGCUGUUUGACAGGGACACCUCUUGAACUAGUCCAACGCUUAGGAUAUACCGAAGUGCAAUACCAAAUGGCAAUUGAAAAGUUGGAAACUCGAUAUGGUGGGGAAAAACGCCUGAUACAGCAACACAUCGAGGCAAUCAUGGCGAUCAUUCCCCUCAAAGAGGAGAAUUUAAAAGGACUUGCAGAUUUUGCCAAUAAGCUUUUCGACAUCGUUGCUAAAUUGAAAGAUGCCGGUCAAGAACGAGAACUUAAUGGUGCCUCAGCCUUGUACACAAUAGCACUCCAGAAGAUACCCGACCGUCUGCUUAUUCAAUACCAGGAUACACUACCUCUAUCAAGCGUUGAUGGGUUGACAUCGUUCACAAAGUGGCUCAAUCGCCAGGUCUCAAUUAGAUUGGAGAUGGCUGAACUAAAAGAGCCUGUGAAGAAGCAGUACCAAGGGGGAACAUCGACAUCAUCUUCAAGAAAGAGCAGAAGUGACAAUAGAAGUACACACAAGAGCCAGGCGCAUUCAAGUGAAACAUCGAAAAAAGUGAGUAAACCAUUGGAAAAAGGAGCCAAGGGAACUCAAAUAGCUUCGGUUCAACGACCGUCAUCAACCACAUCUACAUCGAAGUCAAAUUGCCCUCUUUGCAGUGACCAACACCUAGUUACCAAGUGCCCGAAGUGGUAUAAGACUUCAGUUUCAGAAAGGUGGAAACUAGCAAAGGAGAAUGAUAUCUGCUUUCGGUGUUUGAAAGUAGGUCACCGCGGCAGAUCCUGUGAAUCAACCAUAAAAUGCAACAUCGAUGGAUGCCCGAAGACACAUCACAGAAGUCUUCACCCUACAACUCAGUCCCAAGUUGAGGAACCCAAAGUUGAAGCACAAGGACAUUUCGGCAUCAGUGAGGAAGGCAAAGUUACGCCAACUAGAGUGGCUUUGAGAGUAACCCCAGUAACACUCAUUGGAGCCGAUGGAAAAAAAAGAAGAGUGAAUGCUUUUAUGGAUGAUGGAUCUGACUCUUCGUACAUACGAACAGAAAUAGCUGAAGCACUCGGAUUGCUCAUCGAAAAAAAUGACUUAACCCUUUCUACACUGGUGGACAAAGGCACCAAGGUACCAAGUGGAUUAGUCAGUCUGACAAUAGAAAGCCUAGAUGGGGAAACCCGAAGGAAAAUAGGCGCCAGGACGCCAACUAGUAUGUGUGAAGGUUUGUGUUCCCCAGAUUGGCAAUCACUUAGAAACAAUUGGGAGCAUUUGAAGGGGAUUGAAUUUCCUAAAGUAGACCACAAAAAGGUUGAUCUAUUAAUCGGGUCCGACCACCCCGAACUCACCAUGUCACUUGAGGAAAGGAUAGGAAAACCAGGGGAGCCAGUAGCUCGAAAAACUCCCCUUGGAUGGACGUGCGUAGGGAUGUUACACUCACCAAGUAACACGAGCAAUGUCCACUUUACUCAAGCAGGUUAUACUGUUGAUAGAGACAUCGAUCUGGAUACAGGAUUAAAAAGACUCUGGAAUAUGGACGUAGUCCAUCAUGAAACCAAAGAGCUUUUCACCAAGGAGGAACAGUCUGCACUCGACAAAGCCUCAGCUUCCCUUGAGUAUCGGGAGGGACGAUACCAGAUUGGGAUUCCCUGGAAGGAAAAUAGACCAAGUCUACCGGAUAACAGAGCGGUAGCAGAAAGACGACUGAAAAGUCUAGAAAACCAUCUCAAAAAGAAACCAGAAGUAGCUGAUAGGUACAAAGAGGUCUUAGAAGCCAACAUAGAAAAGGGCUACAUCAGAAAAGUACCAGCUGAGGAGUUAGAACAGCCUGGUUGGUAUUUGCCUCAUUUUGGGGUUGUACGUGAGGAUCGAGCCACAACCAAGGUUAGGGUAGUCUAUGAUGGGGCCGCAGUCUACGAUGGAAAGAGUUUGAAUGAUGAGAUGUGGUCCGGGCCAAAGCUCCAGCUAGAUGUACUUGAUAUACUUGUGACGUUCCGGAGGGGAGCUGUAGCUUUAGUAGGCGACAUCCGAGAAAUGUUUAGCCAGAUAAUACUCGCCCCUGAAGAUCGCAGAUUCCAUCGCAUCCUGUGGAGGGGAUUAGAUACAUCAUCUCCCAUAGAAGUGUACGAAGCAGUCAGACAUCCUUUUGGCGACCGUGCCUCUCCUUUUCUUGCUCAGUAUGUCGUGAGAAGUCACGCGGAGAACAACGAGAAUGAAUAUCCCCUCGCAGCUCAGACUUGUCGCAACCGAGUUUACAUGGACGAUGCUAUCGAUUCCUUGGACACCAUCAAGAUGGGGAAAGAUCUUCGAAGACAGCUAGCUGAGAUGUUGAAAUUGGCUGGUUUUGACAUACGAAAAUGGUGCAGUAAUAGUGUAGAGUUAUUACUUGACGUUCCUGAAGAAGAUCGAGCACCAGGCAUCAUCGAUUUGGACGAGUCAGAACUGCCAUCAAUCAAGACCCUCGGAGUAAGAUGGGAUGCUGAAAGGGACAUCAUAGGAUUCUCCUACACAGAUGUCACCCUGGAGAUCACGAGCAAGAGGACGGUCCUUAGCCUGAUAGCAAGGUUAUUCGAUCCGUUACAGUUAUUAGCGCCCUUCGUCAUUAGGGCCAAGAUGAUUCUGCAACUAGCAUGGAUAGAGGGACUUGGAUGGGAUGAGCCGUUCCCUAGUCACAUGGAGAAGCAGGUCAGAGUCUGGGUAGACGAAUUACCCGAGGUAGCCCAGUUUGCGGUCCCUCGAUGUUACAAACAGGACUCUUCUGAAGAAACUGCAAUCCAUACUUUCUCAGAUGCUUCCAGCCAAGCGUAUGGAGCCGUUAUCUACGUGCGCAGUAGAUACACCGACGGAUCUAUUUCAGUUCAAAUCAUCAUGGCCAAAGCGAGAGUCACUCCAUUGAAAGCUGUAAGCAUACCGCGUCUGGAGCUGAUGGCUGCGUUACUCGGAUUGAGAUUAGCAAUUCGAGUAAGAGAACUUCUGGGGAUUACAACACUCUGUUUUUGGACAGACAGCACAGACGUGAUCCACUGGUUACACGGAGAAUCUCGACGUUACAAGCCUUUUGUAUAUCAUCGCAUUGCUGAAAUGCAAGACAAGACCAAUCCAUCACAAUGGCGACAUGUACCGGGAAUUUUGAAUCCCGCAGAUAUGACCACUAGAGGAGCAGCAUUAGCUGACCUUGUCGGUGAGAAACUGUGA